AUGACCACCACCAACAACCACCCACCACCCAUCACCACCGCCCGCCUCCACCAUCCAUCACCAUCACCAACUUCCACCACCCCCACCCUUCACCACCUAUCACCACCACCCGCCAUGACCACCAAUCACCAUCCACGGCCCAUCACCACUACCUGCCUCCAUCACCCAUCACCACCACCCACAUCCACCACCAAGACAUCACCAUUGAUCACCGAAAACCACGACCACCACCUAUCACCACCAACCACCUUCACCACCCAUUACAAUCACCCGCAACCACCACCUCACCCCAUAACCCACUAA